CAAUGAAUACAAAGCCUUAUUGUUAUAUUGGAAGUGUUUAAUGAAAACAUAAGGAAAUUGAUAUACAAAAGCCUAUAAUGACAUAACCAAUAUAGCUUGAAUAUUAACGAUCGAUACACGCGAGCUGGGUGUUUCCAAUAUUGAUGAUUCAACCGUAAAGGACAACUGUGCCAUACCUUAUAUACGGAUAAUUUGUACUACAUGUGCAGUCUUUUUACAUUAAAGAUGUGACCUAGAGUGGAAUGUACAUCCUAUUGUUAAAAGUUGGUCAUAUAAAUGACCAUGUUUGAGAAGUGUCGCCACAUACGAUGAGGUAUGUUUGUUGUCUGGAUAUAGGCGAUAUUUACAAGCAGUUUAUUUACAACACAUAGUUAAUAUAGACAUAAACUAAGACGAGAGCGGAUAUUAAAUGGAGACAAUACUUUUAUGUUUCAAGCUUGUGCAUGCUUACGUUCGCCUAGUGUGCAUUUGUAUGAACAUGGAACUUUAUUGAAAAGUAAGUGAAGUCCUUGCGUAUGUUUCCUUGGUUAAUCGUUCAAGUGAAAUUUAUUUCUCAGUCUUGAUUUUGCUGAAAGAAUCCCUACAAGCCAAGUGCGAUACCUUUUCGACCUCCGAACCAUUAGUAUGGUAAAAUAUGGAAAUACACUCAAAAUGAUGCAUUGACAAUGCCAACAGCAGAAGAAACAUUACUGCACGUGUAUAUAACAUGCGGUAAGGCGAUAUAAAAACGGACUACUAGUGUUCUUGAGGAAAACCAGCAAUUAUUCGAUGGGACUGACACGGCAGCGGUCGCGGACGGAAGGACGCUCAUGGUACGGUGCUGUACUGGUAGCCGCCAUGGUGACCACCAGCGCUUCACUGUUGCUGCAAUUUAUCGGGUUCGUGACUCCAGGUUGGAUCGUCCUCACCAGCCCCGCGGGAUUCACGGUAAGUGCCGGUGUCUGGUACCUCCAGGUCUGCAAGCGUCCGGACGACACCGCCACUUCCACCCGCUGUAAGACCGCCUCUAUGACCCGGAUCGGCAACCCGUUCAACGUCGCCGGUGACAAUGCUGCGGACUUCAUCAGCAUGACGGAAGUGCAGGUAGAGACGACGCUGGCGCUCGUCACGUGCAUUGUGAGUGUACUCAUGUCCGUGCAUGCUCUUGUCCACCGCCGCGGGGCGCCGCGCUCUUACCUCUGUUGGGGAGCUGCUGCCUCAGUUACCUCCGCUGGCCUUCUGCUUAUCCCGAUAUGUCGUCUGCUAGAUAUAAUCCGACAGUGGGACAGUUUCAUCACGUACGAGACACCGUACUCUCUUGUGGCGAGCGGGAUUGGAGUCAUGACGUCAACAGUAACCGUCAUUCUUGACCUCGUCGCCAUGUGCAUGGUGCUGUAUGACCUUCGGACGGAGCGCCGAAAAAAUACGGAGGAACGCAGGAAUCUAACACUCCUCCCAAACUAAUGAACCAAGUGCAAUCGAUCAAUCAUGUGCUAUAUAGUUUGUGUGCAAUGGUCUGAACAACUUUAAACCAAAUGUUUCUUGUUACAUGCAAAUUGUAUUUUUUAAACAUUGUUCAAUGUGAAUCCGGUGGAUGCGAUUCAAGCCAGUUUUGCGUCAAAUAAAUUACGCAGAACAUAGUGAGUGCCGGUGGCAGUGUGAUUGUAUAGGACUUCAGUCGUGUGUGGGUAUUUUUUGUGAAAUUUCUGCCAACGUCUUUCAGUUGCAAAUUCAUUUAUAUGACAUGGCAAAUGCCUUUAUAUGAUAUUAGUAAUGCCUUCGUACUGUAUUGAAGACGAAAUCUAAACGAACUGAAUAAAAUGCAUGAACCCGGAUUACCGUUACGGUUACAGGGAACAUUAAUGAGCUAUAUUCACCAACGUGUUGAUUUUUCAUUUAUGUUUUUGCACCUUGUUUCGCUGUAUCAACAUUGCAUGGCGUACGCCUCAUACAUAUUUCAUUGACUUUGACUAUACAUUUUUAAUGUACAUUCGUGUUCAUUAUUUUAGUUUUGCUUCGGCGCACAAUGAAUUAAAUUAUUUACUGUU